AGAGAGAGAGAGAGAGAGAGAGAGAGAGAGAGAGAGUUUUGUGAAGAAAAUAAUGGAGGUUUUAAGGUUGACGAAAAUGGGGGUGGUGUGGAUUAGUACUGUUUCAAUGAUGAUGGUGAUUAUGGAGUUGGGAAAUGGUGAAGAACUUCAUUACGUUGGAGGUGGGAAGACUACUUGGGCACCUGGCAUUAACUUCUCCGAUUGGUCUUCUCGUCAGCAAUUCUACAAGGGCGAUUGGCUUUAUUUUGGGUUCGAUAAGGCGAGAUAUAACGUACUGGAGGUGAACAAGACAAGCUAUGAAAACUGCAUAGACCAAGGCUUCAUUAAAAACAUAACAAAAGGUGGGAGAGAUGUGUUUCAGCUGACAGAGACCAUUACAUAUUACUUUUUGAGUGGUAAUGGUUACUGCUUUCAAGGAAUGAAAGUUUCUAUCAAUGUUCAAGAUGCUCCGACCAAUCUGCCACCGUCACAUCCACCUAAAACUGCUUCUGCUUCUUCUUCUUCUUCUUGUUCUUCAAUAUCCCACAUCAUCACCCCCCUUUUGUUACUAUUUCCCACGGCUUUCUUUCCAACCUUCUUCUCUUAAGUUGCAUGGUACUAAGAAAUAUAUGUACAUGUAUACUCUUUUUUAUUUUUCUUUUUUCUGAUUAAUGGUGGAGUAGGAUUUGGUAUAAUUUGUUUGAGGUUGGGGUUGUGCUCUGUCUUUUCACUAUGAUUUAAAAGAUUUAACUAAGGUUUUAAAGAUACUUAUGUGUAUAACUGUAAGAAGAAUCCUUAAAAGAUCAUUUAAUUUUUCUGCAAAUAUAUUGGUGUGAUUAAAUUAUUAUGAUUUCCUAUACCAACUACUUCAUACAUACAUUGUGCACAAUGUUUUGAGGAAAUAACAUUAA